CCAAUAGCACAUGCUUUCAUUUGGCGCCUCUGAAGAUUUUGGGUCGAUUAUCAUAAGGUUACACAUUGGCUGCGUCCCUCCACAGGUACUAUGAAGGUGUUGUGAAGUCAUUUGAUACCGAAAAGAACAAGCAUGUGAUAUUAUACGACGAUGGGGACGUGGAAGUUCUUCGAUUAGAUAGGGAGCGCUGGGACCUUGUUAACAAUGGUCUAAAGGCCAAGCGUUCUGGUUCAUCAAGGGGCUUUUCUCCUAAAGGAGGAUCAUCUGGUCUGAGAAAAAAAUCAGGAGGUGGCCCAAAUGAUAACAAAAAAUUGGGAGAAAAAUCUCCGUCUCAAGUUAGAAGGAUAACAACUCAACGGAAGAGUCCAAUAAGAAGAUCAAAAAUCAUGUUGAAUAGUGAGACCUUGGAGGAAAGUGAUGAAACACCAGGUGUUGCUUCUCCUGAAAUUUCCAUCAAGUCACCAACUAAUGAUUCUUGCUCAGAUGAUGAACCAACUGAAACAAGUGGUAAGGCUUUAGAUGCAAAGGAUUCAUCUAACGACGAUGACGAAGAUAAGCAUCAAGAAGAUGUUGAGAACUUCUCGAGUGAUGAUGAAGAGGCCAAAGAGACAGAAAAAGAUUCUGAAGGCACUGAGAUUGAUAAUCUUGGCGGGCCUUCACGUGAUUCUCAUGGUUCGGAUGAUGAAGCUGUUUCUUCUUCAGAUAAGCAGCAGCCAAGUGAGGCCGCUGAGGUAUCUGGAGAGGAGGCUGAUGAAGCAGAUUGCACAGAUAGACAUGCAAAACCUUCAAAGAAGCUCAACAAGAAGGCUACUUCUCAUUCUGUACAUGUGGAUCUUUCUGAUGACGAGCCUCUGUUUUUGUGGAAACAGCGCUCUAAAAGAAAAUGAGGCCCCGGCUGUUAUAUAUCCAGCUCGUGCGCUGUAGUGAUUUUGAUGCAGCAACAACCUAAAUAGCUUUACCAUUGAUGAAACACACCAUUGAACUGCUGACUCAAAUAAAGCUUAUAAGCACCUUGCCCUUGUGUAGAUUGUAGCACACCGUAGACGUUACAUUUGAAGAUGUAUUUAUUAGUUGUGUAGAAAUGGAUAUGCAGUUUGUUGUAGCAAUGAACUGUUAUGUAUGUACAAGGUAGAUAUCAUAUCAUGUACAGCUAUAGAUCUUUCUGUACUUGCUACUUGUUUAACAUUGUAGCUCUCAGUUGCUGAUGCCCAUGUAGAUUAUUAAGUUUUAGAA